AUGAGAGAAACGCACAAUGAUCCUAUUCAAAACCUUUCAUGGCGGAGACUAUACACAGACGCAGCCCUUGUCUGGACCUUGCUUGAUAUUCUCUCCGAACGCAAAUCACAACCGAUCAAAAACGAAAAUUUCUGGACAGAAGCUGUCGGACGGCUCGAUCAUUCAAUCGUCAUCGCAGGUGCUCCCGGCGAAGGCAGGCUUGAUCUCGUCCUAGACACGAUCGAACAAAUCCAGAUUGUGUACCUCGCGCGUAAUCAUUCUCCAUUUGAUACAAACCUUCCGGUUCCGCCAGGUCAAGACACAGCGCGGGAUGAUCCACAAAUAUCAGGUGCAUGUCUGCCCGUGCCAGUCCUUUCAAGCCCGCCCUCAGUGUCAGCAUUUCGGGCUGCUCAUAGCCGAACACCAUUUAUUCUGCGUCGGUUUGCUAAUGAUUGGCCGGCUAUAUGCAGGCGGAAAUGGGCUUCUAAAUCAUACUUACACAAUGCUGCAGGUAGAGGACGCAUUGUUCCAGUUGAGAUCGGACGCGAUUAUCGGACUGAAGACUGGACGCAACGCAUGAUGGGUUGGGAUGAAUUUCUUGAUUAUUUAUUCAGUGACACGGAUUCAAACGAAAAUCCUGACUUAGACAAAAUUGAUCAGACGAAAGUGCUUUAUCUCGCUCAGUACGAUUUAUUCAAGCAGUUCCACUCUCUAAGGAGGGAUAUUGUCAUUCCAGACUACAUCUAUGCAUCGUUAUCUCCUCCAGACCACUACCCACAAUAUCGGCCGCCGGCUAACGACGAGGAACUCGUUCUGAACGCUUGGUUCGGACCUCGGGAUACCAUAUCUCCUGCCCACACGGAUCCAUAUUUUAAUUUAUACACUCAAGUCGUAGGUCGUAAAACAGUAUGGCUCGCUCCACCAAGCGUUUCAGACAUACUCUCUCCAGUUUCUGAGAGCCUCAAUUCCGGCGUCUCAUCUCCGCCCUUGCUACAGCAUCAUAACCCCACUGAAAUCGGCACAACGAAUUCGAUGCUGAGUAACACAUCCCAGUUAGACGUUUUCGCACCAACUUCCGACCUUCAGAAGGAACCCAAGUUCUUGCAAAAGGUUGUUCCCGUUGCAAUGAGUGCUGUCCUCGAAGAAGGGGACAUGCUCUUUUUCCCACCGGGCUGGUGGCACGCAUUUCGCAGCGAAACUCCUAGCUUCUCCGUCUCCAUGUGGUUUUGA